GCAGGGCUCGCUGGGUGCCGGGGCAGGGCCAGUGCGGCACUGCAGCCUCCGGGAGGAGCAUCCCGCUCUUCCGCUGCGCUAAUGGCCCGCCCGGGGGGAUCCGCAGCGCUCCGAGGGGCUCCCACCCUGCCGGCUGCGGCUCUCCCCGCUCCCCCUCCUCCCCUCGCCCCUUUUUUGUGCCAGCGCUUUCUCGGCCGAUUUUCCACGCUCCGCUGAUCGCCGCGACCCCAAAGCGCGAGCUUUUUGCUGCUUCAUGAAGAUUUAUGGGACUGCAGUAAUAAACUGUGUUUGAGAGGCUCCUGUGGAUGAUCAAAACCCCUCCGAGCCGCUGGCAAAGGGGGGGAUCCCAGCCGGAUCCCAGCUGGAUCCCGCAGUCGGAUCCUGCAGCAGAUCCCGCAGCCAAUUUUUCGGGAUUUUUUUUGGGAGCUUUUCCCUGCCCUCACUCUCAGCAGCUCCCCAAGAGCUCCAGCGCCGUUCCUGAAUAUUUUCAGCUCCAUCUGCGCCGCCGUUUUGCCGGGAAGGACACGAUGGCCGUGCCCUGCUAGCAGCCCGGGGCUCCGGCCCCGGCACGGGUGACACCUCUGCUGCCAGGUGGGGACGAUGGGUGGAUGAAUCGGCAAAGAGAACCGCGUUCCCUCAACCUCCCUCUGCUCGGAGAGGGGCUGGCCAGGAUCUACCGAGGCAUCCUGGCCGUGGUGGGAGCUCUGCGGCCACCCAAGGAGCCGCCAGCAGCCCCCGCAGAGCGGAGCGCUGCCCCCUCCGCGCCCCCCGCGCCCCUGCCCGGCCGCCGUGGGAGCCGCGCUGCGCCCGCGGAUCCCGACAGGACGAGCUCGCACAUGAUCUCCGCGGACGAUGCCGAGUACCCGCGCGAGUACCGCACCCUGGGCAACGGCACCCGGCGCUUCUCCAACGUGGGGCUGGUGCACACCUCGGAGCGCCGGCACACCGUGAUCGCCGCGCAGAGCCUGGAGGCGCUCACCGGCCUCCAGAAGACGGAGAUGGAGCGCAAGAGGGACGCGUUCAUGGAUCACCUCAAGAGCAAAUACCCGCAGCACGCCCUGGCGCUGCGCGGGCAGCAGGAGCGCCUGCGGGACCAGCAACCCAACUACUGGAGCUUUAAGGCCCGCAGCUCUCGGCACUCCCAGGGCUCCCAGCCGGGUCUGGCGGACCAAGCCAAGCUUUCCUUCGCCUCGGCCGAGUCCCUGGAGACGAUGUCGGAGGCGGAGCUGCCCUUGGGCUUCAGCAGGAUGAACCGGUUCCGCCAGAGCCUGCCCCUGGCGCGCUCGGCCAGCCAGAGCAAGCUGCGCUCCCCAGGGGUGCUGUUCCUGCAGUUUGGGGACGAGACGAGGCGGGUGCACAUCACGCACGAGAUCAGCAGCCUGGACACCCUGCACGCCCUCAUCGUGCACAUGUUCCCGCAGAAGCUCACCAUGGGCAUGCUCAAGUCGCCCAACACCGCCAUCCUCAUCAAGGACGAGGCCAGGAACGUUUUCUACGAGCUGGAGGAUGUCAGGGACAUCCAGGACCGGAGCAUCAUUAAAAUUUACCGCAAGGAGCCGCUCUACGGAGCGUUCCCGACAUCGCACAUCGGCAACGGCGAGCUCCGACGUGACAUCGUCUACACCUCCCGCGAAUCGUCCCCCACUCGCCGCCUCAACAACAUCUCCCCGGCCUCGCACCUCGCCUCGUCCUCGCCGCCUCCCGCGCUCCAAUCCUCGUCGCCGUCGCGUUCCCGCCUGUCCUACAGCGCCGCUCGCCCUCCCUCGUACGCCGGCAGCCCCGUGCACCACGAGCGCCUCUCCAGCUUGCCCCCCGCGCCCGGCGUGUCGCCCAGCCCCAGCGCCAUCCUGGAACGCCGCGACGUCAAACCCGACGAGGACCUGGCGGGCAAGAACGUGGUGUUGGUGAAGAACGAAGGGCUCUACGCCGAUCCCUACGGGAUGGUGCACGAGGGGAGGCUCAGCAUCACCUCCACGCAGUCGUUGGCGGGUGUGGGAGACCCUUUUGGCUACUCAGGGGGGCUCUACAAGAGGGGCUCAGUGAGGUCGCUCAGCACUUACUCGGCGGCCGCGCUGCAGACGGAGUUGGAGGAUUCUUUGUACAAAGCCAACGCGCCCAUCUACAGCGACACGUACGGGCCGGGUUUGGGUUUCCGGAUGGCGCCGUCGUCGCCCCAAAAGAUGGUGGAGGCCGGGCAGAGCCCUCACAGCCCUUACUCGGGACCGCCCAGCCGCUCGUCGCCCGUCCGGCAGUCCUUCCGCAAGGAUUCCUGCUCGUCGGUGUUCAUGGAGAGCCCUGUGGGCAAAACGCGCAACCCCAGCGCGUCCGGCCCACCAGAGAUGUUCCCCCCGCCCGGAGAGCGGCCGCUGUCGGGGUUUGGGUCGGCCGGUCCGGCCAAGGACACGGAGACCAGGGAGCGGAUGGAGGCCAUGGAGAAGCAAAUCGCCAGCCUGACCGGGUUGGUGCAGAGCGCGCUGCUCCGCGGCUCCGAGGCUGAGACCCCCAGUGAAAAAACCGAAGCAACCAACGGCGGGACCCCUCCGUCAGCGUCCACGAGCCGCAGUGGCCUGGGGACCCCGGUGCCGGUGCCACCCCCGCCCUCGGCCACCAACACCCCCGCGGGACAAACCACGGCCGUGUCACGGCUGCAGCUGCAGCUGCACCUGCACGAGCUGCAGCAGAACGCCAGCGAGCUCCGCAGCCAGCUGCAGCAGCUCCGGAAAAUGCAGCUGCAGAACCAGGAGGCGGUGAAGACGCUGCUGCGGCGCACGGAGACGGAGCUGAGCGUGCGGGUGACGGACACGGUGCGCAAACACGAGGAUCCUCUGCAGCGCCAGCGCACCUUGGUGGAGGAGGAGCGGCUGCGAUACCUCAACGAGGAGGAGCUCAUCAGCCAGCAGCUCAGUGACCUGGAGAAGUGUGUGGAGAAGUUCCAGAAGGAUGUGGCGCACGGGCAGCGCCUGGUGCCGGUGCAGGAGCUGGAGGACAAGGCCGUGGUGCUGAAGCAGCUCGGGGAGACCCUGACAGAGCUCAAGGCCCAGUUCCCCGGCCUGCAGAGCAAGAUGCGCGUGGUGCUGCGGGUGGAGGUGGAGGCCGUGAAGUUCCUCAAGGAGGAGCCGGCGCGCCUGGACGGGCUCCUGAAGCGCUGCCGGAGCGUCACGGACAGCCUGGCGCAGGCGCGCAGGCAAGUGGACGAGGGCGUGUGGAGCUCGCCCAGCAGCCUCAGCCAGUCUCCCAAGAAGGUGGCCCCGGAGACGGAUUUCAGCAAAGGGCUGGAGCUGGAGAUGCCCACCAGCCCCCCCGUGAGCCUGCACCACCUCUCGGGCACCCCCGAACCCCUGGGGGUGCCCGGUUUUGGGCACAGCCCCCCUCAACCCCAAAGCCACCCCGGCAAGAGCAAUAACCCGAGCCGAGCCCCCGAGAUGGUCCCGGCCAAAACCCAAACGGGGCCCGAGACCCCCAGCAAGAAAAGCGCGGACAAAGCAGUGUCCGUGGAGGCAGCGGAGCGGGACUGGGAGGAGAAGCGGGCGGCGCUCACCCAGUACAGCGCCAAGGACAUCAACCGCCUGCUGGAGGAGACCCAGGCCGAGCUCAUGAAAGCCAUCCCCGACCUGGAAUUCGCCGCCAAGCACAAACCCAGCCCGGGCAGCUCCAGCGCCGCCUCCACCCCCGAGCACAAACCCUCCAAGGCACAGCACGCCCCCAAAUCGGGGGGCAAAGGGGACCCCAAUGGGCGCAGGGGCUCAGACGAGCUGACGGUGCCGCGGUACCGGACCGAGAAGCCGUCCAAGUCCCCGCCGCCUCCCCCGCCCCGCCGCAGCUUCCCCUCGGCGCACGGGCUGACCACGACCCGCAGCGGCGAGGUCAUUGUCACCAGCAAGAAGGAGCCCGGCUUUAUGAAGAAGGCGGAGUCGGAGGAGCUGGAGCCACAGAAGCCGCCGGUGAAGCUGCGGCGGGCGGUGUCCGAGGUGGCCCGGGCGGUGUCCGAGGUGACCCGGCCCGCGUCCACCCCGCCCGUCAUCGCCUCGGCCGUCAGGGACGAGGACGACGAGGAGCGGAUCAUGGCAGAGCUGGAGGUGUUUCAGCGGAGCUCUGCCUCCCCUUCCCUCCCCACGCCCCGCUGUGACCCCCUCGAGGCCGUGUCCCCGGGCCACUCCGGCUGGUGGCCCAGCGGAGCCGCGGUGCUAGCCCAAGGAUGGAAGCCGCUGGCAGCCCCGGCCAGCCGGGCCUUCUCCCUGCCCCAGAUCGUGCUCACCGAGUGGGUGUCGGAGCCGCCGUCCCCCGAAGCCGAGCCGGAGCUGUGGGUGGCACCGGGCAGCGCAGCAGCGGGAGGGCAGCUGCCACCCGAGGGGACAAGGAGAGGCCGUGGGGCGGCUCCUGGCAGCUCCCCAAAAUCCCCUCCAGCCCCGCAGCCUCCCGGCAGCGCAUCCCGGGCGUUCCCUUUGGCAGCCCCGCCUUUCCCCAGGGAUAAAACGGGGGGACAAGGAGGGGACGCGGCUCUGGACGGGUCGGGAGGCAGCGACAAGAUUUGUCCCCAAAUUUCCGUGGCCUCGCAGCCUCCUCGGAGCUGCGGGGAAGGAGCCGGAGCUGCGGAGGCCGCGCUCCCCUCCGAGCGUGCCGGGAUCAUCCCCCAAAUUCCCGACACCCCAAGAGGAGCCAGGCUCGCUCCUGGACGCUUUUCUGGGGCUCCCAAAGCUGCGUGGAGGGAGCAGAGCUCGGAAACACCGGGCCGAGAGCCCCGAGAGCCCCCGGGCUGCCCGGUGCCACAUCCCGGGACUGCCGCGGGCACGGAGCCAGCCCCGAGGGCACCGGGACAUUCCCUGGAGCAGAUCCCGGCAUGGGAUGGAGGAGCUGCCGGAACGCGGGGGGAGGUGACAGAAGGGAUCUGCAAAGGCCACUCGUCCCCUGGGCACGUCACGGCUCCGGGGAAAAAAGAGAUUUAUGAGGACACGUACCAGAGACUGGACAGCCUGGAGGAAACCAUCCGCGAGCUGGAAAUGACCAUCAGCGAGAUCAGCAGCCACCCCGCCGUGGAAUUCGUGCUCUCCAAGGAUCCGGGAUCCGAGGAGAUCGGGGAAAGCCUGGGGGACCUCGGGCACGGUGACACCGCGCUGGACCUGAGCCAGAGCAAGGAUGGAGCUCCCAAAAGUCCGGUUCCGAGCAGGACCAAGCCAGCGCUGCUCCCCAAGCCGCAGCUGCCCCCCAGAACUCAGCAGAGCGGAGGAGUGUCCAUCCCGGCGAUGAAGGUGGUGAACCCGGCGUCGCGGCUGAAGCAGAGCCAGCAGGGCAGCCCCGACAAGGGCAAGCACAUCAAGCAGCGCAUGGAGUACAUGCGGAUCCAGGGCCAGCAGCAGGCCACUAGAGCACCUAAAGAGGCCAGCGAGGCCUCCCCCGCGGUCUCGGAAAAAGCCGCAGCUGGCAGAACCUCCAUCCCCGUAUUGACUUCCUUUGGGGCCAGGAACUCCUCCAUCUCAUUCUGAGGCUCCUCCUCCUCUUCCUCGGCCUCCUCUUCCUCCCUGCGACUUUGGCUCCUGGAGGGAAUCCGCCACCUGUGUCCCCUCCUCUUUUCUGUCUGAUCCAUGUUUUGAAUUUUUAUUUAUUUUUUUUUUUAAUUUUUAUUUUUUUGUCGCCAAAAAAAGAAGCUUCUGUGUCUCUUGCCACGGCCCCGACCUCUGUGUGCCCUCCCGCUCCGCCACGGCCAACCAGCCACUUUCUGUUUUUCUCUCUCUCUUUUUUUCCUCUUUUUCUCCUUUUUUUUGGAUCGCUGUUGGUUUGGUCCCCCCCUCCUCUCCCUUUUUCCCCCCCAACCCCUUCCCCACUGUUUUUUUUUUUUUU